AAGAUAAGUGCAUUUCAAUUACAGUCUUUCAACGACAACAUUCGAUUUGCAUUGGAACACUUCGAAUUUUAAAUUAGUCCUCGAGAAAUUGUUUCCAGUUUGAAACCAUGAAAGUUUUCAUCAUUUUAUUUGCUUUAAUUGCUGUUGCUUCGGCAGGAUUUAUAAAUUCAGGAUGGUCUAGUGGUGGUUAUGGUGGAGGCUAUGGUGGUGGCUAUAGCGGUGGUUAUGGUGGUGGCUAUCACGGUGGCUAUGGAGGAGGUUAUGGUGGAGGCUAUGGUGGUGGUGUCAAAGUUAUUAAAGUUAUUCGCCUAGGUGGUGGUCAUGGUGGUGGCUGGAACUAUGGUGGUUAUGGCGGCUAUGGAGGUGGCAGUGGUUGGUGGUAAUGAUAUUGCCGAAUGGAACAAUUGUGAAAAGUAUUUAAUAUAUCCUGAAGUGCGUACCCUGUGUUAAAUGUUGUAAAUUAUGUUUUGUAAAGUUGUAUAUUGUUUUUUUUUAUUUUUUUGGUGAUAAUUAAGACGAAUAAAAUUUUGUUUAUCUAAAUGUUAAA